UGCAGGUCAGGUGAUUAAACAGGAAAUAGUUGGUUUUCAUCUCGGAAUCCUUAUGAAUAAUACUUUGGGGGAAGGAGAAGACAUAGGGGACAGUAUAUGAAUGGGGGCUGAGUUGAACGAUCUAACGAAAUCCUGUUUGUGUUUUUGAAGAUGUUUUUCGUCACGUAAAUCGCAGGAAUCUUAAAAAACCAGGGCUGCCUGCUCCAAACCUCCAUGGAGCAUAAAAAAAUAACUAGGAAGUGAAAGCUAGCAUAGCCUAUGACUGAUUGUGAAAGUCGAGGACGCAGGUGAUUUGUAAAUGAAGAGAAUUUGAUUCUUGCUGAUUUAUUAGCAGAGGUUAAAGACGCGCUGAUCAGUCAUAAAAGAAACAGAGCAAAUGGAACUCAACCCAUCUGAUUUAAAACCGAAGGGAGAGACUGCCACGUUGAUUGGUGAACUGAAACCAGUUCACCCUCAACUCCUGGAUGGAAGAGCAGGUUGUGAGACCUGGAGUGUGGAAUUCUCCCCAGAUGGCUCUUACUUUGCUUGGUCACUGGGUCAUGGAAUCGUGAAGCUUCUUCUCUGGCCAAUAGAACAGAUCUCUGAUGUGGGGCUUCAGAGGAGUACAGCUUGCAAAAACCACAUCUGUAAUGCAGCCAGGAAGAGCCAUGUUAAGAAAGAGAAGACUUUAGACUGUGGACAGACUGUGUGGAGUUUGGCAUUUGGACCACGCUUAUCGAAACAAGCAGAAAAUCAGAGAGAUGAUGCGAAGGCUGGACCAUCUAGUGGUCUGUCAUCAAGCUUGCUCCUUGCCACAGGUCUUAAUAAUGGAAUUAUUAAGGUCUGGGAGGUUAAAACAGGUCACCUUCUUUUUAACCUAACUGAACACCGGGAUGUGGUGAGAGAUUUGACCUUUGCUCCCAAUGGAAGCCUGAUACUUGUUUCUGGUUCACGAGAUAAGACACUGCGCAUCUGGGACUUAACCAAAGACCGUAAAAAGGCACAUGUGCUGACUGGCCAUGGAAAUUGGGUGUAUAGCUCUUGCAUCUCACCUGACUGCAGUAUAAUUGCUUCUGUUUGUGGACACAACCAAGUAUACUUAUGGAGCCUGCGAUCAUACACCUUCAUCCGAUACCUGGAGGGCAAGCACUGUCUCAUUUCAUGUGACUUCUCACCAGACGGAGCUCUGCUGAUUACAGCCGCCUUCUCCAAGGAGUUAAUACUGUGGGAUCCCUACACUGGGGAGGCACUGAGGAAGCUGAGUCAUUGCUUCUCUCCGGAGUAUUUUCCUGCUCCUCCUGACGUAUCGAUGAGAGCUGUGCGCUUCUCACCUGAAGGCUUGUACUUUGCCUCAGUUGCUGAGGACAGGGCUGUGCGGAUCUGGGCUCUGGGAAUUGACAGUCCAGUAAUGGAAAACUGUUACACUGGCGUCCAUGUUUCCAAUGGGCUGUGCUGCGCAUUCCACCCACAAGGUGGCGUUGUCGCAACAGGGACAAGAGAUGGUUAUGUUCAGUUCUGGAGCACACCAAGGAUUGUGCCAAGCCUUCGCCACCUGAGUCGCGUAUCCCUUCGGCAUUCUGUGUCCACGUACCAGGUGAUGGCUCUUCCCAUUCCCAACAAAAUGAAGGACUUCCUCACGUACAGAACCCUGGCAAGGUGCCAUGAAAGUAGUGAACUGCAUCACUUGCAGGAUGUUGUAUCCUUGAAUUAACGGGACUGGGUUUCUUUUAAAUUUAAAAAUUGAGAUAUUUCCGACGUCCAGUCGAUUAUGUAAUUUUAGAUUAUAUUUUGAGAGAUUUAUUAAUUUAACUUUACAUUAUUUUUGUAUGAACUAAUAUAUGCCAAAUCAAAUUUUCAUUUUUCUUGGUCAAUCAGGAGAUUUUCUUUCAGAAGAAAGUUCUGAUGGGUUGGGCAAUACUCCAGAUAGGCAUCUCAAAAAUUGUUUUUGAGGCCUAGACCAUCUAAAUCCACUGGAAAGGCAUAAGUGAUAAGCAUUAAAAGCGAACAAACACUGGUUUUAAUUGAGUAAUUUAACACAAAUCUUUAUAUGCUAAAAGUGCUUAACUGGUUGAUAUCUGAACUUGCAUAAAACAUUUUUGCCUUUGAUAUGAGUAACCUAAGCUGAAAACAGAAAACACUAUUUAAAUUUGGGAUUUGCUCAAUGUUAUUCAGUCAGACAUUAAAGUCAGUUCUAGAAUAAUAAAACAGGGUUGUUUUCAAGCCUUUAUUUUCAAAGGUUGUGAUACUUUAUUUUUUUUGUAAUUUAUGGUAUUCAUAUCUAUAUGAUUUUAUAAAUGUAUAUAUCUCAAUUGCUCGACUUUCAUUCUGUAGUGCUUAGAUUUUAACUAAUAAUUCUUAAUGUGUGAGUUUACAUUUCUAAAGUCAAGCAUACUUGUUUUUGCACAUCUGUGACUAGGAAGACUCUUAAUGUGCAAAUAUGAUGCUGUCUCUUGUAGUAAAUGUAUCUUUUCUUCA